GCAGCACUGCUCAAAGACAAAGUAAACAAACAAAAUGUACAAACUUCACAUUGUACACAAAUUAAAAAUAAGUGAUUAUUUUAUCUAAUGGCAUGGCAGAGCGUUUGGAGAUCACAUUAAAGCAACCUAAUCCUCUUUUUGAAAAAUGGCUGGAGAAAUGGUUGGAGGAAGCGGAGCGUCGUAAUGCAAAGUCGCAAUACAAGCUUCGCGAAGCACUGCACGCUCUACGCAGCUAUCCGCUUCCACUGGCCACAGGACGUGAAUGUGCUAUUCUUCGAGGCUUCGGUAGCACAUUGUGCAAUCUUAUAGAUGAAGAGCUUCGAUUGUAUCAAGAAAGGCAACAUAUUUCGCAAUUACAACCUACAAUGCAAACAUUUCAAUCGGAUGUGAAACAACUUGUCCACUCUAUUCAGAAAAACAAAUCUCGAAAGUUGCAAACAAAAAUCACUAAAAAAGAGCAGAAAGCUAUCGCUGAUGAAGAAGAGCGACAGCGUCAAGUCAUCAUGAGUCCAGGAAGCUUUCGCAUAAUAUUACUUGUUGACACACAAGAAACCAACGGCAAAAACAAACGCACUUUGGAUCAAACACGUUGCUACUUAGAAAGCUUUGAUAUAUUGUAUGAAGUACGUCGUUUGACCAUCGGUGAUUUUCUUUGGGUUGCACGUGACCAGGAAGGGAACGAAUUAGUCCUUCCUUUUAUAGUUGAACGCAAACGGUUUGACGACUUGGCCUCAAGCAUACGCGAUGGUCGGUUCCAUGAGCAGAAACAUCGUUUACGCCAAUGUGGAAUUCAAAAUGUUAUCUACUUAGUCGAAGAUUAUGGGAAUAAUGAGCAUUUGGGCUUACCUAUGGAGUCCUUACAGCAGGCAAUUGUGAACACGCAAAUACAUUCAGGCUUUACCAUAGCACAUACUCAGAAUAACUUUCGUUCAAUGAAGCAUUUGGCAGGUGUGACGAAAACAUUGAUACGUUGCUUUAGGAAUAAAGUUUUGCUUAGCACAACCAAGGAAGACUUACAACCAUAUCGUUCUUCAGCUGAUAUGUAUGGUUUACUGAAAUUCCGGGCCUUGUAUGAGGAUUCGGCCCGUGGUGCACAAUUGACUAUUCGCGAAAUAUUCGUACAACAAUUGCUGCAACUACACUCAUUGUCCCUGGAAAAGGCACUAGCCAUCGUAGAAGUCUAUCCCACACCACGACUUAUUUUCGAUGCCUACGAAGCAUGUACAAGUGAAAAGGAAGCUCGUUCUCUGCUGGCCAAAAUUUCUUGUGGACCGUUACAGCGCCCGCUGGGUGAUAAAAUAAGCCAAACAAUUUAUGAUUUCUACAAGACUGACUUUCAAUAGUUAAGUAAUUGAUAUGUACAUUUAAAUCUUUAUUUAUAAGUUUAAUAAUAGGUAAUAAAAAUCAUUUGUUUGAAUACCAUCAGCAAAAUCUGUUACUCCAGUCAUUUUUAUUCGUGCUUGCUUUUAUUAUUUAUU